GUUAUCUGGAUGGACAACGCAUGGAAGGCUAUCAUGUCCAUAUUGUCAAGAUAACACUGAUGCUUUCCAACUAAAACACGGAAGGAAAACGUGUUGGUUUGACUGUCACAGGAGAUUCCUACCACCUGAUCAUCCAUAUCGUAGGAGUAGGAAUUUGUUUACGAAGAACAAGAGUGUGUUUGACAGUCCACCUGCGGAAAUUAGUGGGAAAGGUUUGAAGACACAACUAAGAGAUUUUGGUGCAGAAAGGACACCAGACGUCGGUGGACAUGAGCGUUUUCCGGUAGAUGCUGUUGGAAACCUACAUAACUGGCACAAAAAAGUAUAUUUUGGGAUCUGCCAUACUGGGAGGAUCAUUUGCUAAGGCAUAAUUUAGAUGUCAUGCAUAUUGAGAAGAACUUUUUUGACAAUCUCAUGAACACGAUCCUUAACGUUCAAGGUAAAACAAAGGAUAACUUGAAGUCAAGACUGGAUUUAGUCGAUAUAUGUGCUCGUUCAGAACUUCAUGUUGAUGAGAAUGGUAGGGCACCUUUUCCCAUAUACCGACUUGAUGCAGAAGGAAAAGAUGCGGUCUUUGAUUGGAUUUCAAACGAUGUGGAAUUUCCAGACGGUUACACAUCUAAUUUGCGUAACUGUAUCGACAGAAAGGAAGGAAAGUUUAUUGGGCUAAAAAGUCACGAUUGCCAUGUGUUGAUGCAGCGCCUUCUUCCGUUUGCCUUCAAGGAACUAUUACCACGAAAUGUUCAUGAAGCAAUUGCAGGGAUAAGUGCUUUUUUCCGCGAUUUAUGCACGAGAUCAGUGACUCUUGAAGGUAUUGAAAAUUUGAAGACUAACAUAGCCGUGAUUCAGUGCAACCUUGAGAAGAUAUUUCCUCCCUCAUUUUUUGAUGUUAUGGAGCAUCUUGUUAUUCACCUGGCAAGAGAAUUGGAACUUGGUGGUCCUGUGCAGUAUAGAUGGAUGUAUCUGUAUGAGCGGUAUAUGUUCCAUUUGAAGAAGAUGGUGAAAAAUUUAAGUAGGGUGGAAGGUUCUAUAGUCGCACAGAUGAUCAAUGAAGAAAUUUCAAACUUUGCCGAGUACUACUUUCCAGCAGAAGUUCAAACCAACAGAAAACCUGCUCGGCAUGAUGAUAGAGGCGAACGGGCAACAUAUCAUGUUACGGUUCCAGACAUUUUCAGAGAUGUUGGACGACUUAGCGGAAAACCAAAGGACCGUCGACUUAAUGAGCAGGAGCGCAGUCAUUUGCAAACAUAUUUGCUCACCAACUGCGAAGAUGUUCUUCAAUAUGAGAGGAUUUUCAUGGCACAAAAGCGGUUCGAAUAUAGAUACGCCACAGACGAGGAACUAGAAGAAAUGAAGCAGAGAGAAUUUGCUGGAUGGAUGCUUAAUUAUGUGUCUGCUGGUUUGGCCAGAGGUGAAACAUUUGACGAUUGGAUACGCGAGAUGGUGGUUGGACCAAAAUAUGUUGUGAAGUCAUAUCCGAGAUUUUGUACUCGAGGAUAUGCAUUCACAACUCAAAAGAGGAGACGUUCGAGAACGACCUAUGAUGCUGGCGUUUGUUCUGCAUCAGGAGAUGAUGUAUACUACGGAAACAUACAUGAGAUUAUGGAAAUCCAGUAUUUGGGCAUGGUUGGAUUGCGGUGUACUGUUUUCUAUUGUGAUUGGCACGACAACACUCCAGAUCGAGGUGUGAGAACAGAUGCAUUUGGUGUUACAUCAGUAAAUUCGAGGCGAAAGCUGCAAUAUUAUGAUCCUUUCAUUCUUGCUUCUCAGGCCGAUCAGGUUUGUUAUAUCAAGUACCCCCGGGUUAGGAACAGAGAUGAUCCAUGGGUAACUGUUACAAAACUCAACCCGAGAGGCCGAGUUCAGGGAAGUUCUGAGCUGGAAGACCCACUACAACCAAGCACAUCCGGCAACUUAAGUGCAGCCGAAGAUUUAGCUGGAGUUGGCCUUGUAGUCGAUUUAACCGACUUCGGAGAGGAAGCCGUCGUUCACGUAGAGGAUGAACCAGAGAUUGGAGAGUUUCACCAAGAUUCAGACUCAGAUUCAUCUGGUGAUGAUGACUCGGAAACAGAUUAGCAUAGAUUUUUUUUUUUUUUUUAAUGGGAAUACCGAGGAAAUUCCGACGAACAUAAGGUUUUCCUCGGUAUUUCCUCGGAAUAUACUUUGUAGAUUUAGGGGUUUGAUGCUAGAGUCCUGUUCCUCGGAAAAACCUCGGAAAAUUCCGAGGAAAUUCCGAGGAAAACAAGGGUUUGCUCGGAAAUUCUCGUUCUUCCUCGGAAUUCCGUCGGAAAUUUCCGAGGAAAUUCCGAGGAAGAAUGGGUUUUUAACCGAAAACAACGUUUUGUGGAUUGAAUAACACGUAUAUAACCUUUAUUAAGUGUCUUAA